AUGGUGUCUCAGGUGUGCCAGAACUUCCAUGCUGACUGCCAAGCUGCUGUAAACCAAAUGAUUAACCUGGAGCUCCAUGCUAGCUAUGUCUACCUGUCCAUGUCCUACCACUUUGACCGUGAUGAUGUUGCCUUGCCCCACAUGGCCAAGUUCCUGAAAGAGCAAUCCCAUGAAGAGAGGAAGCAUGCAGAGAAGUUCCUGCAGUACCAGAACAAGCGGGGAGGAAGCAUCCUACUGAAGGACAUCAAGAAGCCAGAGAAGGAUGAGUGGGGAAACAGCCUAGAUGCCCUGCAGUCUGCUCUGGAGCUGGAGAAGGUGGUGAACAAGGCCUUGCUGGAUCUGCACAAGCUCGCAACAGAGAAGGGAGACCCUCAUCUGUGUGACUUCCUGGAGACGGAAUACCUGGAAGAGCAGGUGAAGGCCAUCAAGCUGCUUGGAGACCACCUCAUGAACCUGAGGCGCCUGGGGUUGCCCCAUUAUGGCCCAGGGGAGUACCUGUUUGACAAGCUCACCUUGGGAGAUAGCAGCUGUGCAGCAUCUUAA